UACUUCGUUCUGAGAAAUUGAAAAUGACGCAAAUACUAUUCCAUCAAUCCUUUCCAUCUCUCUCUCUCUCUCCUGAACUGAACCUAACCUAAUCCCCAAAUCAGCAAGUGCAGCACUGCACUGCAUUACUUGCGGCGGCGCCAAUCUCAAUAACAAAUAACAACCUCACCAUUGAUUUGAUUUGAUUUGAUUUGGAUUUGAUUUGAUUUGACUUGAUUUGGUUGAAGAUUCAGCAUCAUUGGCCAUCACAUCACAUGGACAACUGAGAAUUACGCCAAUCGCCAGUUACCGGUGGAGGUGCGAUUUUCAUUUCAAAUUCGAAUUCCUACUGUCUAUUUCACAAUUUCCUGCAAAAAUUCGUUGAAUUCAUAGAAGAAGGGAAGGGAAGGGAAGGGAAGGGAAGGGAAGGGAAGGGAAUGUUGGGUUUAGGUUUAUCAGUGCUGAUAGGCAUUAAGGCUGCCGCGUUGUUCAGUUUCUUCCUCUCUCUCAGAAGCUAUGGCUUCGUCUUGUUGUCGAUGCCAUUUCUAUACUCCUCCUUCGUAUCCCUCCUGAUUGCAGCUGCCUCGCAUCCGUCCAUCAAUCUGCCGAUGCUUUUGGCAAAAGGCUCGGACGGAAGGUUCCCGGUGUGGUCGUUGGUGAUGUUCUGUCCGUAUUUGUAUUUCGUGAGAGCAUUUUCAGCUGUGAGAAGAUAUACGAGCGGGGAGGAACCGUACAGUGAGAUUUGUGAAGGAUUGUAUGUGGGAGGAUGGCCUUAUUCGAGGGAGAAGCUUCCGCCGGGUAGGCCGGCGAUUGUGGAUUGCACCUGUGAGCUGCCGAGGAAGGAGGAGGUUGUAGGGAGUGCGUAUUUGUGUGUGCCUACUUGGGACACGCGAGCGCCUCUGCCGAGCGAGAUCGAGUCUGCGGUCAAGUGGGCUUGUCGGAAGAGAGCUCAGAACACACCUGUUUUCAUCCACUGCGCCUAUGGUCAUGGACGAAGUGUUGCUGUGAUGUGCGCGGUCUUGGUUGAACUUGGGUUGGCAGACGAUUGGAAAAGCGCCGAGAAGCUUAUUAGACAGAAACGGCCAUACAUCCGAAUGAAUGCUCUUCACCGCAAAGCCUUGGAAGAAUGGUCAGAACAUCGGCUAUCCCCUCCGAACAAAAAUGGUGCGAAAUCUGUUACGAGUUCUAUAAUCUUGUGAUCAAUCGAUCAUUGUCUUUCAAGGAUCAUUAGAUGGAGGAUUGAUAUAUACAUACGUGAUUGCUGCAGUGUACAUUACUAUCAUUGUGUAUCUUCGAAGCUUUUAAGGCAAAAUUGUUUGUAACUCAAGCAUAAGGGGUCCAGAGCCGUCGUUCUGUUGUUACGUUGAUUAUAUUGUUUCUUAUAUAUACGUUUCUCCGCU